UGUAAAACAAACUGCGGGCGGAAGCAGUGGACGUUCUAAGCUGUGUCACAUAGUCGCUUCUGAUUGGUCGAUCACGCUAACGUUCUAUCGCACCAAUGAGCGCUCAGCAAGAAGCCGCUCGUGGUUAUAUAAAGACGGGCUGCGAUAUGCUGCGACAUUUUAUUUCUUCUCUUUGAAAUAAACUGAUUGAAACAUGUCCGGAAGAGGCAAAGGCGGCGGAAAAGUCAGAGCGAAGGCCAAGUCCCGCUCCUCCCGUGCCGGGCUCCAGUUCCCCGUGGGUCGUGUCCACAGGCUGCUCAGGAAGGGCAACUACGCUCAGCGUGUCGGCGCCGGAGCUCCGGUCUACCUGGCGGCGGUGCUGGAGUACCUGACCGCUGAGAUCCUGGAGCUGGCUGGAAACGCCGCCCGGGACAACAAGAAGACCAGGAUCAUCCCCCGACACCUGCAGCUCGCCGUCCGCAACGACGAGGAGCUCAACAAGCUGCUGGGUGGAGUCACCAUCGCUCAGGGUGGUGUGCUGCCCAACAUCCAGGCUGUCCUGCUGCCCAAGAAGACCGAGAAGGCCGCCGGCAAGAGCAAAAUUAGCACAAAAAUGUCUGGAAGAGGCAAAACCGGCGGCAAAGCCAGAGCGAAGGCCAAGACCCGCUCCUCCCGUGCCGGGCUCCAGUUCCCCGUGGGUCGUGUCCACAGACUGCUCAGGAAGGGCCACUAUGCGGAGCGUGUCGGCGCCGGAGCUCCGGUCUACCUGGCGGCGGUGCUGGAGUACCUGACCGCUGAGAUCCUGGAGCUGGCUGGAAACGCCGCCCGGGACAACAAGAAGACCAGGAUCAUCCCCCGACACCUGCAGCUCGCCGUCCGCAACGACGAGGAGCUCAACAAGCUGCUGGGAGGAGUCACCAUCGCUCAGGGUGGUGUGCUGCCCAACAUCCAGGCUGUCCUGCUGCCCAAGAAGACCGAGAAGGCCGCUAAGAAGUAAACACCUGACUGCUGUGAACACCACAAAAAGGCUCUUUUAAGGGCCACCCACUUCAGCUAAUCGAGUUUAAUCCUAAACAAUAAUAACUCAUUUAAUUCAGGCUAGUGAAUAUGAAUAAGCAUUGACUUAUUACUAGAAUUGAGUUCAGUGUUUAUAGGGAUAUGUUUGUUUAUAUUACUACAGUGGUGGAGGUCUGCUAGUAGGAUGGAUGUGAAAAUGUGGAUUGUUCCUGUUAAUGGAGUGAAAAUACUGCCAAUAAAUUAUUACAUUUCUGUAUAAUGUAUAUACAAUUUACAAAAAAUGGUUAAAAAUUACAUUGGAAGAUUAAGAAAUCACUAACAAACUAUAUAUAUAUAUAUAUAUAUAUAUAUAUAUAUAUAAUAAAAGAAAAUACCUCAUACCUCCUUUUCUAUGGAUAACCUAACUACUAAUUUAUGAUGAUGCCUCAACAACUCAUUUUCCAC